AUGAAAACUGUUGUGAUUGUUUUGCUGUCCGCUGUUCCCCUUGCCACCUGCCUGCGAGGUCCACCAGGUGACAACCCGGAGAAAGUUUAUGUAGUCCACAACAACCCGUUUGGAGCUUAUUCCUGGUACGGGCAAGGCGGUGUCAGCGACAAGGGAGACUAUCGCGGCAACAAGGGGGACUGCGGCGGCGGCCGAGGGGUGGAGGCCCAGGCGGACGGGGCGGUGCCGGAGGUUACGCUGGUUCAGGUGGCGCCGGAGGUCACGGAGGGGCCGGGGGGCCGGGAGGUGCAGCAGGUUUCAGAGGGAUGGGAGGUGCCGGUGGUGCCGGGGGGAGAGGAGGAGCAGGAGGUUCCGGGGGGCCAGGGGGAUCGGGAGGCUCGGGGGGGGGCGGGAGGUUCUGGAGGCACCUGGGGGCCGGGUGGUUCAGGAGGUUCCGGGGGAGUGGGAGGUGCAGGAGGUUCCGGGGGCGCGGGAGGUGAAGGAGGUGCCGGGGGGGCGGGAGGUCAUGGAGGUUACGGCGGGCCGGGAGGUCACGGAGAACCCGGGAGGCCGGGAGGAGCAGGACAUUUAGGGAGUCCAGGAGGAGCGGGAAGUCCCGGGCAGCCGGGAACAGCAGAUGGUGUUGGGGGGGGGCGGGAGGUGCAGGAGGUGCAGGGGGAAGUCCAUAAGAAGUGGUGGCCUGGGGUACUCGGUGACGGCCAAGGGUGGCAUCGGAGGUCACGGGGGCCACAC